CCAUAAAAUUUUAAAUGGCGAUACUCCACAGAGCUUUGUUUACCUGGUUUAUUUUUCUAGUUUUUCUUAUAUUGCUGUGUCUCCGUUUAGAGUCAAGAACUCAUUGGAACUGGUUUAUUGUGUUUAUCCCAAUGUGGGUUUACGACGGCAUAUUAUUGAUAUAUGUGCUUUUCCACAUGGUGUCCCAUUGCAGAAAUGGAAUCGAAAGAUUUAGGGGCACAAUCAAUAAAAACGUAUGGUACAUAGCUGCAAUUGGACUGAAAAUGGCUGCUCAAAUAAUCAUUUGCAUAAAGUUGGAGUACACUAAAGUAAAUCUACCCAUUUAUGUUGUAAUGACACCUGUUUGGAUGUUACUGCCUGUGCUCUCUGUUGAAGUUUUUAUGCAUCUUAUAAAACACUCCAGUGGAAGUAGCAGAUACUAGAAUAUAUCUUUAUAUCGUUUAUGGAUGUGUGGGUGACAUGAACUUAUUAUAAGGUAACACAUGACUUCAGUUUGUAGAUAAUAAUAAACUUGGCACUUGUUCAUUGACACACAGAUAUGUUUGCACAUGUCAAAAACUUUAGUGAGUGUGAGGUGGAGUACAUGAUAUAACAUAAUAUCUGUGUUACGGAAAAAUGCAGCUCUUGCCUUUGAUUGAUAGUGUAAAAAAUACUGGAGUCAUGAAAGUGUCAGCGGGUGAUACCGCAACUUUGCAAUGUAUCAGCAAUGAUUACAACCAUAAUUUCAUGUUUUGGGUCUUGGGUGAUAGAAAAGUGAUUGGACCUACAAAUGACCAUGACUAUGAUAAGAAUAAAUAUAAAUAUGAGGUGCUAUCUGGGAACUUAAAAAUUCAUGCUGUUACUCCUGCUGAAUCUGGAUUCUACCAAUGUUUCUCUAAAAAUAUCAAUAGUGAUGGAGUCACCAUUGGACAAGUUGAGAUGCUGGUCAAUGGUUCAGGAUUCACUGCAAUGGAUGCUGUCAAGCUUGUUGCCAUAGUGUGCUCUAUCAUAAUAAUUAUUGCAUGUGCAGUUAUCUUUUUCCGAUUGAGGAAAGAAAGGAGUAAAUAUGAUGGGAGAUCAAUUGUUCCUGUAGAUGAUAAUGAUGAGGAUGCAGAUGGGGAGGAGAUUUAUAAUCGCACGACAACUACCAUCACACAACCUCAACCUGUUGCUGGACCGAGCCGGAACCCUUCCUCAGAGCAGCUUCUUUAUGGAAUAGAUAACCAAGGACUGGAUACUGAUUUUAAUUCAGUAUUUGAAAACAUCCAAAUAAAAACACCGCAAGGGAGUUUAAUCUAAAGUAACUUAAAUGAUUAUAUUUUGUCAGUUUACUUUAAUGUAUCUUAAAGGAAGUUAACUACUUUUAGUCCAGAUGAUGAAAAGUUCUGAGAGCUGAUUAGAAAUAUUAUUCCUAUGAUAUUUUUUUCUGUUCAUACUAGAAAAUUUUGUAACAUGUAACUAUUGAUGAUUUAUAUGCAAUAGCUGAUGUAGGAUUGAGUUAGCUAAUAAGAUUGUAUAUAGCAUUUAAAUUAUUGAUGAUUUUAGGAAAUAAGAGAAAAUUAAAUAUUGAA